CAUGCUAGGUGACACCCUGCAGCUUUGCGAAAGAAUCGCACUGGACGGUCAAACCCACGUGGCUCUGCGACCCAAAAGCGCUUUAUUAGAAUUGGGCGACAGUGAAUUCUGAAAGGCGGCAGUUCGCAAGCUCCAUUCGAAGGCCUGGGCUGCGCACGUUCGGAGCAACCCUGUGCGAGCUGCCCGGAAGGCCACGCAGGUCGCAGCCAAGAUGACACGGGACGCGGGUCCCGUCGGAUGCCGGAGCUGCGAAGCCGUCGUUUCGAGGCCCUGAAGCGACAAGCAUGUUGUGAGCGGGUCCGCUCCAACGACGCCAAGUUGCUGCGAGCUGGUCUUUGGUAUGUGCUGGGCGCAUCGCGUGGCAACUGUGGCCGGUGCUUGCAGCGAAGCCUGCGGAUUUUGCAAAAGAAAGGUGACAUCGCCCUUCUGCGGAUGAAGGCAGAGGUUCUGCUUCGGCUCAAGCGUUAUGUCGAUGCCUUCCAAGUCUUUCAUACGAUAGCCUCGACACCUAAAGCCAAAGAGGAGCUUCUGGUGUCACCUUUCCGUAUACGUCACGACACGAUGCUUUUGGAACGGGCAGUUGCACAUGGCAGACUUGACAAUGCGCUAGGUCAGAAAGCGAUGUCAGCAUUGCGCUCGGUGCUUUCUCAGAUGGAGCUGGAGGAUGCAGGUGAGCUUUGGUGGGCUCGGGUCAACGAGCUCGCCAGUAGCACCAAGCAACUGCUGCAGGAAGGCCAGUAUGAUUGCUUGACCGAUGCUUGCCCAUACCAGAUCAGUGAGGGCUGGGAAUGGGAGGAUCCUUUGAACGAGCAGCCGUGGGAUUUAUUUGCACAGGAGUUUGCUACGAAGGGCCUCUUUCUGCUUGACGACUUUUUUAGCGGUUCCGCUCUUGCAGAACUGUGGAGAUAUUCUACAGAGGCGCCUUGCUUUCGUUCGCUGCGGCCGGGCUACUUGGGGGCCUUUCCAUCCGAUGGCUGCGUCCAUCCGAUCAUUCGCCGAGCAGCAGAGAGCUUGGAAGCGCAUUUGCCGAAUAUCUUUCGCAAACACCAUCUCACAAGGUGGUGGAUCUUCAAAUAUCUUCCCUGUGGGUCUUCUGGAAUUGGAAUUCAUGCGGAUGAUGCAGCAGUGAACGUCAACAUAUGGCUGACUCCAGACAGUGCCUGCAAGAAAGGUGGUGGGCUCGAGAUCUUCAGGUCUGUUCCCAGUCGUGGCUCCUGGACAGCUGACAUCAAUCGGGUUCCAGCCGGCAGUGAGCAUGAGGCCUGGCAUAAGGCCCUCCUCAAGGGUGGAGUCGACAAGAUUACCUACAAGCAGAACCGUGCAUGCAUCUUUGUCUCUGAUCGUUUCCAUGCGUCUGAGCCUUUUGUUUUUCCGGACCCAUCGAUGCCUCGGGUGAAUCUGACCUUGCUCUUUGGCGACCGACUUGGAUGAAGAACUGACCGUCAUCAUCGACCUGGAACAUGGAGGACCCAUGCCGUCUCUACUGGCAGAGACGACCAGCUCGCAUUUGCUUCGAAGAACUGACGCCUCCUCCUCUUCCGUGUUCGCCUCCACAGAGGUGUUUUUCAAUGCUGAGAUCCGAAGGAAUCCGAAGGAACUUGAAGCUUCAGUGCAGAGCAUCAUUCACUCCUGUGCAGCAGCGGCCUAUGGACAUGGAGCCGCG